AUGCCACGGGGCUCGAGCUGUUCGCGAACUGUUCUUCGGCUAGCAGGGGUGUUGUUGAAUCCUAGUAUCUCUGAACAACUAUGGCCGAGUAGCGUUGUAAUACUCGGAGGAUAUGGGAUGGAUCGAUCGAUGGAUGGCUGCAGCGAAGCAGUGAGCAUGGAGCCGCCGUGUAUCGGACCUGUCCCGGACCUCGGGAUUCAAGUUGGGUUUAGUUGGAAUGACAACUCAAAGCAGGUGAUUUACAUUGUAGCUUGUGGUGCGGAAGAUAAGCUGGGAUCCUUGACGAAUCGGAGCGUAGGGGAGUAUCUGGGGUGGCUUCACUUUGGUAUGUUGGGGGUCCACAAGGAGGAUGGGGAAGAUAUAUCCGGGGGUUAG